UUGAAUUAUAAAUUACUAAAAAUUGCGCAAAAUUUAGCAAAAUGGAGUCAACUUCAAGUCAAGAUGGCAGUGUAGAGGCUGAUGAGAGAGACGUGUUCAACAUCUGUAUUUCAACUGAUAAUCAUUGUGGGUAUAAGGAAGAGGACCCUAUUAUUGGGGAUGACUCUUUCUUAGCUUUUGAGGAGGUUCUUGAAACAGCAGUUCAAGAAAAUUCAGAUUUCCUUUUGUUAGGAGGAGACCUAUUUCAUGAAAAAUAAACCUAGCAGGAAGACAGUUGUGCGUGUAACAGAGUUGCUUAAUAAGCAUGUGUUUGGGUACCCUGAUAUUCAAUUUGAAACUGAUCAGUACCCUGAAGCAAAUUAUAUACAAGGAAAGUACCAAGUUCAACUACCGGUUUAUAUAAUUCAUGGAAAUCAUGAUGAUCCUAUUGGGUGUGAAUGGCUUUCAAACAUUGAUCCUUUGCAUUCCAGUCACCAACUAAAUUAUUUUGGUAAAAACUCUAAUGUUGAAAAGAUUCAGAUAAACCCUAUACUUUUCACUAAAGGGAAAACCAAGAUUGCUUUAUAUGGGCUAGGAAAUAUGCGAGACGAGAGACUCAAUCUAGCCAAGGAGAAGGACAAUAUCUUCUAUAAUAGACCUCUCCUUCCUAAUGGAAAUCCUGAUGAGAGCUACUUUAAUAUUUUGGUCUUGCAUCAGAAUAGAUUUAAAGGAAUGUUUCAAGGAGUACCUCGGAGAUAUGCUAUUGUUGAUACCUUUUUCCCACCAUUUUUCAAUUUAAUCAUCUGGGGUCACGAACAUGAAUGCAUCAAAGGUGCAGAGGAAUGUGUCGAAAAUGGGUAUUACAUUCUUCAACCUGGGAGUUCUGUGGCUACGAGCUUAAUCGAAGCUGAAAGUGUUCAAAAACAUUCAUUUCAACUCAUAGUUUAUGAAAAGUGUUUCAAACUUGAGCCUAGACCUUUGAAAUGCACCAGACCUAUCUUAUAUAAAGAGGUAAAUCUUGGCAAAACUGGCAUUGACUUUGAGAGAGAUGAUUUAGUAGAGAAGCAUUUACUUAAAGAAGUUAAGCAAUUGUUGAGGAAAUCUGCUAAUUUAGGAAAGCCAGAGGAGUUUACUACUCCUUUAGCAAGGAUAAAAGUUGAGUAUUCAGGCUAUACAGUGAUUAGGAACAGGAAGUUCAAAUAAAUCACUUGCAGGGCUGGUCGCCAACCCAGAUACAGUCUUUCACUGGUAUAAAAAGCCGAAGAAGACUGAAAUUGACACAACAAAAGAUGAGAGUUAUAUCUUUAAUGAGGCUGAGAAGAUCAAAGAGAUCAACAGAAAUGAAGGGCAUCGGAGGCAGAUCCAGUCCAAUAUGCUCAAACUUGUACAGAACCGGAAAUCAAUCAACAUGAUUGGCAUGAACGAUUUUAUGGAUAUCCUGGAAUCGAACCAGGGCAAAGACCUGUCAAAUUACUUCAAGAAUGAAUUUAGGAAGAAAAUCAGUGAUAAUAUUGUAAAAGAGAAGCUUAAAGAGCUUGGAGAGCUUGAAAAGAAGGCUGAUGAUGACAUCCAGGGCUAUGAAGAGUUUUGGAAUAAGAACCAAAUCAAAUCGAUCGACCGCAUAAUGCAAAAAUGCAUUCAGACCCAAUUAAAGAACAUGGAUUUCAUUGAUAGCCAAUCCCAGCUGAAUACAGGAGAGGAGAUCAAAGAUGACCACAUAUUUGAAGAAGACAAGGACUCAGACUUUGACAUGCUAGGUCAAGAACUUGAAGAAAUCCGUAAAAAGAAGGAAGAAAAAGAAACUAAAGAAAAACCAAAACGAAUGAAAAAGACUAAUAAAGUAUUGGAUAAUAUGGUUAAUGAGAGGAGCAAACCUCGGCUGUAUGAUACUCUAGAGGAUUCACCUGAUGAGAUUGAGAAUAGUUCUGUGUCAAAGACUAAAAUUGAGGUUAAAGAGAAUGUUUACAGGCAUAGGGCAUCACGCAACAGGAAAAGAGAGUUUCAGUAAUUUUGAAGACUUCUCAAUACCAUAAUUAUUCAG